GCUGAGGGCAGCGUGUUCCGUUUUCCCCCUCCGGCUGACGCGAAGGCACAGAAGGCGGCGAGGCUGCCGCACGCGCCGGGAGAGCGUGCUCCGGUCCUCCCUCCCCACCUUCACACGGGGCGAGAUUAAAAUCCAGGCGCGCACCCAACCUCGUCAGCCAGUCCACAGCGUCGUUCCGGGCAGAGGCAGGUAAGACUAACGAGGGGAAAGGAACUGCCAAAGCCAUAAAAGCCACAGGAGGGGAAAACAAAAGCCAACCCAAGGGGAGGCAGCGACGCGAGAGACGGGCAGAUCACUGGCGCGCGCUCUGGAGAUGGGACCGGGCAGAGAGCUCUGGGGGAUGGGGGGCCGCUCAAGGGAGCCCUCCUGAGAACCAGAGGUUUCCAGGUUUGGUGGCUUUGAGGAGAGCGACUGCAACCAGAAGGUGGGCUUAGCAGGCGAGUCGCCUCAGGGCUGCGGCUGCUGCUUUGGGAUAUAACGUUUCGUUUCUCUCCGGGGAUGGUGUUUUGCUGACCGAGGGCUUCGCUGUUUUCUUUCCACGGAUGUCUGUUGCAUCUGGAUUUUUUUCCUGGGGGUUUAUUUUUCCGCCAAGGGAGCUGCUGGAGUCCUGCGAAGUUGCAGUUUGUUCCCGAUUUCUCCUUCCAACCUCCAUCCAUCAUGUGCGCCAACAUAGUCUACGAGUGGCUGAAGACCCUAAAGCUCUCUCAGUACGCGGAGUCCUUUGUGGAUAACGGCUAUGACGACCUGGAGGUGUGCAAGCAGAUCGGGGACCCGGACCUGGACGCCAUCGGGGUCUCGCUACCACAGCACAGGCGCCGGCUCCACGAAGCCGUGCAGAGGCUGAAGGAGGAAGACGAGACCACCGCCGGGCUUUACUUUACCCUGGAGCCUCAGCCGCCCCAGCCCAGCUCGCCUUCGCCGGAAAUCUAUACCAGCCACCUGGUGGAGCAGUACGAGGCCAAGGCUUGGAAGGAGCCACUUCCUAAACCCCGUAAUCCUCAGGGGAACAAGAAGGGGGUCCCUCGGAAAGUGGGGACCCGCAGCCUGGAGCUGAUGACCUACCCCAAGCUCAAACUGAAAAUCAUGAUCAGGGACAAACUCAUCCGGGAUGGGAUCAACCUCAGCAAACCCCCCUACUCCAACAAGGAUGGAUCAUUGGGCAACAUUGAUGACCUGGCUGAGCAAUAUGCAGAUUAUUAUAAUACCUGCUUUACUGAUGUAUGUGAGAGGAUGGAAGAACUUCGCAAACGGAGGGUUUCCCAAGACCUUGAUGUGGAGAAACCCGAUGCCAGUUCCACAUCCCUACAGCUGCGAUCCCAGAUUGAAGAAUCCCUUGGCUUCAGCAGUCUGUUAUCAACACCAGAAACAGAAAGAAAGUUCUCCCUUCAUAAAUCAAGUUCUGAAGAAAGUGCUGUCGGUAAAGCAGAUUGGAAAAAGAAGAAUAGGUAUUUCUGGCAAAACUUCAGAAAGAAUCAGAAGGGACUAAUGAGGCAGUCUUCAAAAGGUGAGGAUGUUGGUUAUGUAGCAAGUGAGAUCACAAUGAGUGACGAGGAGCGGAUCCAACUAAUGAUGAUGGUUAAGGAGAAGAUGAUUACUAUUGAGGAAGCGCUUGCAAGGCUUAAGGAAUAUGAGGCCCAACAUCGGCAGUCAGGUAGCAUGGAGUCUUCUGAAUGGCCUGAUAGUCCUUACCCAUCUUUUGACGGUUCCUCCAAUUGUAAUUCAAGAGAGCAGUCAGAUGAUGAAUCUGAAGAAUCGGUGAAGUUUAAGAGGUUGCAUAAGCUGGUCAACUCAACUCGUAGAGUGAGAAAGAAAUUAAUUAGAGUGGAAGAAAUUAAAAAGCCCAGCAGUGAAGGUGUGGAUGAGCAUUCCCUUGACAGCUCUCCAGUACCAGAUGACAGAUCAGCACUUUAUUCUGGAGUUCACAAGAAGCAACUUUACUCAGAUAGCUCUUCUGAGAAACAGCCAGAUGAGGACUCUGACUCACUCACUACAUCUCCUUCAUCGAGCAGCCUAGAUACUUGGGGUACUAACAGGAAAUUGCUCAAGACCUUCAGUAAAUCUGAAAGCCGUGGCCUUAUCAAACCCCCAAAGAAACUUGGAACGUUUUUCUCCUACCCAGAAGAGGAGAAGACUCCAAAGGUUUGCCGCUCCUUGACCGAUGGAGAGAUGAAGAAGAACCUUGGUUCUCUGAGCCACGGGGUAAGUAAAGAAAGCGUUUGCUUUUAUGACAACAGGCGCAAGCACCAUGUCCUGGUAUCCUUUGAAGAAAUCCAGAGUGUCAGGAAGCAGAUCCGACUGAAAAAGACAGAUUCUAACUACUCGUGUUCUAGAGCUUUUCUUUGCCAGCGCCCUGCUAGGAAAUACAUAUCACCCUCAAUUUGUGACCUGCAGCUGCUUCGUCACAAAGCCAAGGGGGUAGGAGGAGGAGGAGGCUGUGGCUUCCCAAACAGAAGGCUUCGAGGGCGCAACUCUGUCAGCGAGUUCAAUAUCACGUAUGUGGUAGAAAGAAGUCUCUACAGUCACCUGAACCUGUCACAUCUGGUGCGGCCCGUUACUGACAGGACACUGAGCAAAGCUGAAGAGCAGGAUUUGAGGCGAUGUCUGCUGGAAGAAGAGGAUGAGGCAAAGAGGAAGUGGGCUGCCACAAUGGACCGCUGUACUAAAAGGGUUCUUUUGAGAAUCCACCAAAAGUCUAGAACCUGCAGCUUUGGUGGCUUUGACUUGACAAAUCGCUCACUGCAUAUUGGAAACAAUUUGGAUCAGAUGGGCAAAGAUGGUGAUUUUGUUUAUAAAGAAGUGAUCAAAUCCCCAUCUCCUUCCCGCAUGUCCCUUGGUAAAAAGGUGAAAUCUGUUAAAGAAACCAUGAAGAAAAGGAUGUCUAAGAAAUAUAGCAGCUCCUUGUCAGAGCAGGACUCCAGCCUGGAUGUAAUGCCAGAAUCUCCUCAGUCACUACAACCAGAUACUGAUUCUCUGGAUAAACCCAAACUGAAAGCUGGUGGUUCUGUAGAAAGUUUAAGGAGCUCUCUAAGUGGUCAGAGCUCAAUGAGUGGACAAACUGUAAGCACAACAGACUCCUCAGCCAGCAACAGAGAGAGUGUCAAGUCUGAAGAUGGUGAUGAUGAAGAACUACCAUACAGAGGACCAUUUUGUGGCCGGGCCAGGGUUCACACUGAUUUUACCCCCAGCCCCUAUGAUACAGAUUCCCUGAAACUCAAGAAGGGCGAUAUAAUUGAUAUAAUCAGCAAACCACCUAUGGGUACCUGGAUGGGCCUUUUGAACAACAAAGUGGGUACCUUCAAGUUCAUCUAUGUGGAUGUGUUACAUGAAGAGGAAGAGAAGCCUAAAAGGCCUACAAGAAGGCGACGGAAAGGCAGACCACCUCAGCCCAAAUCUGUUGAGGAUCUCCUAGAUCGCAUCAACUUAAAGGAGCACAUGCCCACCUUUUUAUUCAAUGGCUAUGAAGACCUGGACACUUUCAAGCUCCUAGAGGAAGAAGACUUGGAUGAGCUCAACAUACGGGACCCACAGCAUAGAGCUGUUCUUCUGACAGCAGUUGAACUGCUACAGGAAUAUGAUAGUAACAGUGACCAGUCAGGUUCUCAGGAGAAACUCCUCAUAGAUGGUCAGGGCUUAAGUGGAUGUUCUCCCCGGGAUUCAGGCUGCUAUGAAAGCAGUGAAAACCUGGAGAAUGCUAAAACUCGAAAGCCUUGUCUCUUACCCUCAAAGUUGGCUUCUGAAUACAGUUUUAAAGAUUUCCACAGAAAUCCACGGGCAAAUUAUCCAACCCUGCCCCUAACUAAAUCAAUAGAUGUCCCCCAGCAAGGAGAGAAGACACAGUUCACUUGUACAAAUCCUGUUCUGAAAAGCUGCCUCAAGCCCCCAGCAGUCGUCAUCCUCAAGAACAACCGCAGAAGUUUACCAGUUGGUAUCUGUCGGAGCUGUGAGACUCUAGAAAGUGGUCAGAAGGUUCACAUGUGGCCAAGAUCUCAUUCUCUUGGCGACCUUCAUGGAGAAGCUGGCCCCGACUCUGCAAAGAAGCUGGAUGUUUUCCCUCAAGGCGUACUGGAUUUAACAAACAUGCCAACUGGCUCUGGAGGUAUGCACAUGGCAGAACAGUUGAUGGCUGAGCAGAGCAAAGCAGGUGUUGAUUCUCUUAAUGGGAAAGCAAAGGAACUGCACUUGUCUGCAACCAUUCCUUCUAGUGAAACAUUUCCACUGUUUCUGCCUCAGAAUUGUGGAGUUCAUUCAUCUUCACUUUCACGUGGUGUAACUUGGACUACUUUUGAAAACUUCAAAAAGACCACGCAUGAUCUUGGAAGGGCCGAUCAUUCUCCCUUCCCCAAGGAAGCUCAUCAGAAGGGCACGGGUGAGGCAAGAGUACAGCCAAAAACAUCUUCACAGCCACCACCAGUCCCCGCCAAAAAAAGCAGAGAACGCCUUUCUAAUGGACAUUGUCACCUCCCAUCAGCCAUUUCUUGUCCAGAUGUGCCAUCCUUGCCAGCGAAAAAGAGCCUCCAGCCUGUGUCCUCCGAUUCCCAUCUACUGACCGUGUGUAGAUCAUCUCCUGGGCAGGAGCCCAGUAGUCCUUCGGGCGUACGACCUCCUUGGUUUUCAGAUCUUCCAGAGACUGCUACUGUCCAGCAACAUGUGCUAAAACUUGAUCCUUUGUCGGUGAGAAAAAUCUCUUCUAAUAGAGGACUGGAUCUGGAAAUGUUGAUAGAAAACAAGCUGCAAUCUGAAGAUAUUGAUCUCACAGAAGACCCAUAUUCUGACAAGCAUGGCCGCUGUGGGAUUCCUGAACUUUUGGUACAAAGGUACUCUGAAGACUUAGAGCACGCUGAAAAGGAUGUUGCUACAAACCUGGACCAAAUUCGGGUGAAGCAGCUGAGGAAGCAACACCGCAUGGCGAUUCCAAGUGGAGGCCUCACUGAAAUCUGUCGAAAACCUGUGUCCCCCGGCCAUAUCACUUCCAUAGCCGACUGGCUGGUUUCUAUUGGCCUUCCGAUGUACUCAAGCGCCUUCAUGACUGCAGGAAUCAAUGACCUAAGCAAAGUGCCUUCUCUGUCAAAAACAUCACUUCAUGAGGCUGGCAUCACAGAGGAGAGGCACAUAAGCAAGCUUUUGGCGGCAGCAAGACUACUCAGUACCCUCAACCCAGAGACAAUAUAACACACUCUGAAAUGUAGUAUUUGCCAGUUGGAAAAGCCAGAGUUUCCUACCGUGUCAAUUUCAUCUUUAAUUUCUCCAGACAGCUCUUUGGCAUCAGGCAAUGGAGGUCUUUGGGAAGACGUUGAGGCCCUUGUGUUUCUCUGUCAACGAUUCACAAAGGAGAAUAUAAGAAGUUGUUUUGAGAGGGAAAUGGUGCUU